AUGGCCUUAUCAACUAAAGAUUUCCAAAAAUUGAUAAAAGAAGCAAUGAAGGCGAUUAUUACAGAUCAGUGCUUCAUGGAAUCUUUGGUGAAAUCUGUGUCGGAGCACCUGAACGAAAAAAUCGACGAAGUGCUUACCAAACAACAGGAAAAACUUAAAGAAGUAGAGGAAAAAGUCACAGCCCUGUCAAAAGAAAAUAGUGUACUGAAGCUCAAAUUAGAGAAACAGGAACAGUACCACGUGAAAAAUUGCAUUAGAAUUUAUGGAGUAGAGGAAAGUGAAGAUGAGGUAACUGACGAUAUCGUGCAUAAUUUGAUGAACAAAACAUUAAAAAUCAAAAUAAAUGUUGCCCAGAAUACCGAAUUCUCAUAUCGUGUUGGUCCAAAAACUGCAAAAACAUCAAACGCCGCUAACAAAAAACCCCGAGCGAUACUAGUACGUUUUUGCAACUACCGAGAUAAGCUGAAGGUGAUAGAGAGCAGAAAGAACUUGAAAUCCAGUGGCGUGGUAAUCCGAGAAGAACUGACUAAAGUUAAAUCAGAACUCUUGAGAACUGCUAUCAAUAAAUAUUCAUCAAAGAACGUCUGGACUUGGAAUGGCGAAGUUUUCGCAAAUAUCGACGGACAGAAGAGAAAACUAACGUGUGGAAAUGAAAUGAUAUAG